CUUAUAUUUAAUAUCAUUGGUGUGAUAGUUAAUCAGCGACAGGCACAAAUGGAGAAAAUGUUAUACAUUCUUCUUUAGGAUGAAUAUUUUCAGGAUUGCUGACUGUUUCCAAAGGAUCUGGGAACUUCUUCAUAAAACUGGGUUGGGAAUCUGGACCUACAUGUGGGACAUUAAUUUCCUAAAAAUACAAGAAUUCAUGCUGGAUAUCUGGCUUGCUUACUCCAUACCAUUACCAUCCAGCCACAGUCAGCUGUUGUCCUUAUGUGUGAUCUGCUCCUGCAUUGCAGCAUCUGUUGGAGGCCUCUUCUACUGCUGGAUGUUUUCCUCUCUGCAAUAUUCCUUCCAGUUUUCUGCCUUGGCAUCCUCUGUCCUUAGUUUCCUUGUGUUCCUAAUCCUCUUUUUGGUGCAUCCAGUCCGGUGCCUGUUUACCACAAUUGUGCCUACAUUAGGGACUAGGCAAGGAAGAAGGCUGCUUCUGUCUGCCUGCUUUAUGAUUGUAGCUGUCAACAUUAUCCCAAAUAUUAUGAACAAUAUCCAAGCAAUCCUGAAAAUCAUUAAAUGCACCUGCAAGAAUUCCAUGGAAAGCCUUGUGGCCUCAAUGCUCCUGUUGGGUAAUGCUUCGUGGGACUUCAGCCACUCUCUGAAAGACAUAAUUGACAACAUGCCCUAUAAAUUCCUGAGCUCAAGGGAUAGCCAUGUUCAGUUUAGAAAUCACAGUAAUAUCUUUCAAGUAAAUGAGAAAAUGGUUAACACUAGCCAAAGUAUCAAGGAAGACUUUUUAUAUGCUGAUAAGCUGGUCCAGAAGGUCAUACUUUUGACCAACCGGGCGUCGGCUGGGUUCUUUCUCUUUUAUCUCCUUUUCCAAGCAACAUGGUACCUGAAGAACUAUCUUACGAAUGUUUGUUUUGAUAAUAUUUACAUUACCCCAGAGCUGGAAGAUUUGGCUCGGGAAAACAAAACAGCUGAUUUGCUGUUUUGCACAUCCAGGAAGUUAAUUAAACCAACCAGCUUCAAAUUGUCCCCAAAAGAACUCAAGGCUUCUCUCAGACACAUUUUUCUCCUCACAUUAGUUCUAGUGGUGAUGCUGCUUGUUAUAGCAACGGACUAUAUUGCCUUUCAUUUGGCACAAACAGCUGUAACUGAAAUCACUCAGAUCCCUGUUGUCCCAGUUACGUUCUGGGUAAAAUAUGAAAUCGAACUAAGUUUUCUUGGUUUCCAACCUUCCGUCAUGGUUCCAUUUGAGAGAAAUUACCAUCAAAACCUGACCUUUGUUUCUUUUAACUGCUUCAUGCAAAUGCCAACUCCUCCCAACACGGCUUUGGUUCUAGCCGUUGUGCUUCUCUUUUGCAUCAUUUAUGCUACGGUGUUUUUGGAAGCAUACUCCCACCGUCUGCGCCGAAAAAUUUCAGCCUCCUUUUUUCAGAACCAAGAGAACCAGAGAAUCCAAUACCUCUACAAGAAGCUCAUUAGAAAGCACAAGAAAAAAGAGCAACUGGAGGCAUCAGUACUUUGUUAAAUGGUAAUUUGCAAGAGCAGGUUGCACCAUUUCUGGAAUUAACAACAAUUAAAGCCAUAAUAUAUAAUCACAAUUCUAAAGGAAAAAAGCAAUAGAGGGUAAUAUAGAAACUGGAUGAUACACAACUCAAAGGAGUGUGAAUACACAGAUUUAUCAUAAAAUAAAAAAAUCCCAUUUGAAUCAAGCACAACUCCUGAUGAUUACAUAAACAGGGGCAUUUAUUUAUUUGUUUAUCAUGUUUUUACAACUCCCUAACUUGCAACAACUCCAGGCAGGAUGCAAUUUUUUUUAAAAAAAAGCCUAAUACAAAAGAUGCCAGUAACCAGAGAACCAACAUAACCUGCUACCAACAUAAAUUGCACAAUUGCUUUUCAGAACACGAACUCCAGGAAAGUCAUAUCCUGAGGGGGAGUAAACAGGUUUUCAAGGCCCUUAUAAAGGGCAGGAGGGCAAAGCUAUUUAAAAAGCUGGGGAAGAAGAUUCCAAAUGCACAUUAAAAAGGAGUAGGACCUUGAUUGUGUGGUUUGCUGCCCUCUUGAUUUUCUUUAUAUCCUUUCCUGGAUAUUUCUGAUUUACAAUAUAGUUUCUGCAUUAUUUCCUGCCUCAGAAGAUUAGAAAACUGUUAUACCUAAAACGUUUGGCAAUUGUGGUAGCAAGAGUUACAAAAUGUGCACACACAAAAAAAAAAAAAAAGAGAGAGAGAGAGAGAGAGAAAGAGAGAUUGGUGGCUAUUUUUAACCCUUAGGCUUUAUUGGUUAGUUAGUUAGUAUUAGAUAUGGAUACUGCCUCACUCCCAAAAGGCUCCCAGAGACUCUGGGGAGUUGAAGUCCACAAGUCUUAAAGGGACCAAGGUUGGAGACCCCUGCUCUAGUGUCUUAAAAUACAUAGCGAGAAACCAAACAAUAAAAACAUACCUGUAUCCAGAAAACAGCCACAUUUAUGAGAAACCAAAAUCCAACAUAGCCUCUGCACCCAUCCUAAUCCUAGGCCUGGAAGCUCAGCCACAUUUCUAAGUAUGUUUCGAAGAGCAGGAACCAUAUGAAUUUCUGAGGGAAAUGCUCCUGUGCAGGGGCUGCUUAGUGCUCACUUACAUCAAUAUCCUUGGUCAUGCCAAUGGUUCUCUCUUUCUUGCAAUUCUUCCAAUAUUGUUGCAAGUGAUCAAUUUCCUACGCAUUCAGUCUCAGGGAUGGGUUUGGAGCAGCGGAGAGUUGGCAUGGAGGCCUUAGUCCUCAUGAAUUUAUGAAAUGUUCUUCUUAUUUAAAUGCUUUCCUUUGCAUUUCUAUCGGCAUAUCACUCCCUGCCAUUCUGUUCUUAAGCCCAUUUGCAGGAGGGGAGAACUGUGUGUCUGUGUUUUUUGCCCAGUCUCUUGAAGCUGACUAAUACUACCCACGUUAAAACAAACAAACAAACAAACAAACAAACAAACAAACAUCCAACUCUGUGUAUAACAUCCACAGCAAAGUUCACAAAAACUAUAGUACUGGAAGAAUUUCCUUCCCUGACCCAGAGAUACAAAAUAAACUUCUUGCUAAAUUAAGAAGGGAUUUGCC